UCCCACCCCGAAAGGAGCACGAGCCAGAAAUAUCUCUCCUUUUAUCGACCCCUCUGCCUUUGUGGUGCACUGUGUUUUGUGUUUUGUGAGAGGACGGUGUUAGAGAGAGAAAGGGGUGGUGUUUCGGAAGUCGUGCUGAAUCGGUGUUUCUCUCUCCUCUUUCAGACGCUCGAUCAGAUCUCACUCAGUCUUGGUUUAUGAGCUCGAAGGAGAGACCCACUCUUGGUGGCACGCGGAUUAAGACCCGCAAACGGAAUAUAGCAGCUCCUUUGGACCCUGCAACUUUUGCGGAUGCAGUGGUCCAAAUUUAUCUGGAUAAUGCGGGUGAUUUGGAACUUGUUGCGAAGAGCAUUGAAUCCUCAGAUCUCAAUUUCUCAAGAUAUGGUGACACCUUUUUCGAGGUGGUCUUCACUGGAGGUCGCACUCAACCUGGCACAAUAAAACCUGAUGAGGGAGAGCGCCACACUAACUCUGUUUUAGACUGUGAGCCUAUGCGUGAAGCCGUCCUGCCAUCUGUUCUAUACAUACAAAAGAUUUUGCGCAGGAGGCCAUUUCUCAUAAAGAAUCUCGAGAAUGUUAUGCGAAGGUUCCUUCAGUCGCUGGAGCUCUUUGAGGAGAAUGAGAGGAAGAAGCUUGCCAUUUUCACUGCUCUCACCUUCUCUCAGAAGCUGUCGGGGCUUCCACCGGAGACCGUUUUCCAACCACUGCUUAAGGAUAACCUUGUUGCCAAGGGAAUUGUCCUUCCCUUCAUAACAGACUUCUUCAAGGAAUAUCUUGUUGAUAACAGCCUUGAUGACCUCAUUUCACUUCUCAAAAGGGGAAAAAUGGAGGACAAUCUUCUCGACUUUUUCCCAACUCAGAAGCGCUCAGCUGAAGGGUUCUCCGAACAUUUUACCAAGGAAGGCCUGGUGGCACUUGUGGAAUACAAUGAGAAGAAGAAUUUUGAGGUGAAACUGAAGGAGAUGAAAUCAGCAUUGACAUCUCAGAUCGCUGACGAGAUGGAUAUAUUAGAAGUCAUAGAGACAGUGAAGCAGCACAUGAAGGAUGCCAAAUUACCUGAUGUGGAGGUUGUGCGCAUACUGUGGGAUGUGAUAAUGGAUGCUGUUCAAUGGUCUGGUAAAAACCAGCAGCAAAAUGCAAAUGCAGCUCUUCGCCAGGUGAAAAUGUGGGCGAAAUUGUUGAACACGUUUUGUACAAGUGGGAAGCUGGAGCUUGAACUCAUGUACAAAGUGCAGAUCCAGUGUUAUGAAGAUGCCAAGCUCCUGAAGCUUUUCCCUGAGAUUGUGAGGUCCCUCUAUGAGCAGGAGGUGCUUGUGGAGGAUACCAUUCUCAUGUGGUUCCGAAAGGGCACCAACCUUAAGGGCAGGCAGACCUUUGUGAAAGCUCUUGAACCAUUUGUUAACUGGCUCGAGGAGGCCGAAGAAGAAGAAUAGAGAAGGGAGGCCAAAACAGUCUCUUGUAUGCCUCUUUCGGAGGGCCAUAAGUUUAUCUCUAGUGCUGCAUUUCCUCUGCCUUUUGUCUGCCACUUUUAUCACUUUACACAUAUCGUAUGCUUUCGACAAUAGAUUUGGUGUUCAACUACUCAAUUGACUGAGCCUAGUAUUAAUUAUUAACUGCAAUAAAACUUUUGGUCAUCUAGAUUUCUUUUUUUUC